UUUUCUGUUUGUGCUGUGUUUUUGAAUCCAGUGAAAGCCCAGCCUGGAAACCUUUAUUUUUUUAUGGCUGAGUUUUGCCCCUGUUGCUGACCAGACUGCUAAGUACUUUGAACUUUCCCUGGACCAGGUGAACUGGUUGUCUCUGAUAUUCCUGGUUGUAGCUAUUCCUGUUGGGUUUGGAACCACAUGGAUGCUUGACACUUUGGGUCUGCGAACUUCAUUGAUCCUGAGCUCCUGGUUGAACAUGACUGGUAGUAUUCUGCGCUUCCUCAGUAUUCUUGAUAACAUCCCUGUAGGACUGAGAAACUACCCUCUGCUGAUGGCUGGGCAGACCCUGUGUGCCUUGGCACAGCCACUAGUCCUCCUCUCACCCACCAAACUGGCAGCAAUUUGGUUUCCAGAGAAUCAGAGAGCCACUGCCAAUAUGAUCGCCUCCAUGUCUAACCCUUUGGGAAUUCUGUUUGCCAAUAUUUUUUCACCGAUGAUUGUUGGAAGUAAAGAAAAAAUACCGCAACUGCUGGGAAUUUAUACUAUUCCAGCUGCCAUCGUCUGUCUCCUAGCCACUGUGGGGAUACGUAACAGAGUUCCCCCAACUCCCCCUUCCAACAGUGCUCUGGCUUCCAGCUCUGAGCCGUUCCUGGCUGGAGUGAAACUGCUGGUAAGAAACAAGCCAUACAUGAUCCUGUUGACAUGUUUUGGGGCCGGGAUUGGUAUUUUCACCAGUUUUUCCACACUCCUACAGCAGAUUCUAUGUGUCAAAGGAUACUCAAAUGACCUCGCAGGGCUGUGUGGAGCAUUGUUCGUUGUGUUUGGAAUUCUCGGUGCCUUCCUCCUCGGGCUGUACGUGGACAGGACAAAGAAAUUCAUAGAAGUCACCAAAAUCAGCUUCUGUCUGGCUGCACUGGCCAGCAUUGCUUUUGCUGUGGUAUCUCAGAUGAGGAUCCAGGGCAUUGCAGUGGCUGUGGUCUCUUCACUGUUUGGAAUGUUUGGGUUUGCAAUCUACCCAAUCAGUAUGGAGCUUGCUGUAGAGUGUUCUUAUCCAAUCGGGGAGGCAACAUCUGCAGGGCUGAUUUUUAUUUCCGGACAGAUACAGGGCAUUAUCUUUAUCAUGCUUUUUCAACUGUUAACCAAGAAGCUGGCUGAUGAUCCGCAAUACACCUGUGCACUGAGUUGGAAAGUCCCAACCCUUGUGAUGGCAGCUUUUUGCUCUGCUGGCGCCUGCCUUUUUGUGAUCUUUUUCCACACGGAAUACAAAAGACUCAAAGAAGAAGCACUGGCAACCAACAGCCAGGCCAUUGAACAGAAUAAUGGAAUAGAUAAUGAAGCAGAGCCAGAGUUACUGCAGGCAUAGGAUCUCAAUUCACUUGGUUUUAUUGAAAACCCUUUUGUGUAGGUUAUUUUAUUUAUACAGUUUUGUAAAUUUUUUAUUGUCUUAGCUCAAGGCAAAAAAUGGUACUUCAUCAGCACACUGAAAUAUGUCAAGGUUAUUCAGUGCUCACAUUUCCUAUAAUGAGUAUAGUAUGAUUACAAGCACGCUCUACCAAGGAUAGGCAAACUGGGCUCUUCUAAUUCAUUCCAUUGCUAGACUGUUCAAACACAUACUUACAUUUUUUAAUUGCCCCUGCUGACUUGGACUGGACUGGGAAAGUUAAGGUCACCUACCCUGCUUGCAU